CUCAAGUUUUCGAGGGAUAACACGAGCUCUGCCACCGCGCCGUUUAGAUUUUGGUCCUCACUCGGCCGCCGUAUAGUACACGCCUCUGAUUGGUCCAAGCCAAAUAAAGCGUUUGGAGAACGUCCACCGGUCCUUUCAGAUCCAGGUCAAGAUGAGUCUAAGAAAGCAGACCCCGAGUGACUUUCUGAAACAGAUAAUUGGGAGACCUGUUGUCGUCAAACUGAACUCAGGUGUCGAUUACAGAGGUGUCCUGGCUUGCCUGGAUGGUUACAUGAACAUUGCCAUAGAGCAGACAGAGGAGUAUGUCAACGGGCAGCUCAAGAACAAGUACGGAGAUGCUUUUCUCAGAGGAAACAAUGUUUUGUACAUCAGCACCCAAAAGAGGAAAGUGUAGUGAAGAUUAUGUGUUUUCCUUUUUAUUUCCCAGUAUUUGAUGCAUCAGUGGACAACUGUCUUAUGGUCCUAUGUUUUUGGUUCUGUAAAGCCUUAAGUCCCGAAGAAUGUUUGUUUUUGUAAGAAGUCGAAUAAGUUAAUAAAUCCUGAGUUUUGAUCUA